AAGGCCUGCUCCAGGCCCACUUACGGGGCCUUCUCCUCCGGCGUGCGCGCGCUCUCUCUCUCUGCCGUGGCGACGACUGGGCGAUCGCCGCCGCCGCACGCCAGGCGCCAAGCCUUCAUCGAGAUCUUCGCCGGCGAUGAGCAUCCACUAGGAGUAUAUUCUGUGCCAAUGAAAUGUCUGCCUCCGAAAACCAGGCUGCUGAAGCCAGAAUGGACACAAGUGCCAGGAAAAUUGGCCCAACUGGGAACAAAAUCCGUAUUCGUUUGCCAUUGCCACUGAGAAAGAGGUUGGCUGAAGGCCUUCAGACCAUGAGCACAGGAUUGCCUGAGGAUAUGAAAAAACAUGCUGCUAAGGAAGUACUUGAAUAUACUGAUGACACCGCCAAAAAAACCACAUUUAUUGGCACUGAACUGAAGAUUGAAAAGGAGCCCCCAAGUAUCAAAUUAUCAACAGAUGGAAACUUGAAAACCAUGUCAAAGGACGGACUAUGUGAACAGGCAAACAGCAACAGCCUGUGCAAAACCAUGUCAAAGGGCAGAGUGUGUGAAGAGGCUAAUUUUAUUGUCCCAGACCUGAAUCUGACAACCACUGCUGGCAUGCAAGAUAACACAGAGAGUUGGCCUGUAAGAAAAGGGUCAUGUGAAGAGGGACACAAAGACAUGAUGAGCAAUGGGCUGCCUCCUGAGAGCAGCAAACCAUCAAAGAAGGAAGCAUGUGUAGGAGCCAUGGAUAACACCCCAAUCAUGGAACUUUCAUUCACAAGCAUGCAAGGUGAAGUGGAAAAGAAUGACUCCAUUACUAAACCCUGUGAAGCUGCUACUGAAAAUAUCCUAAGCAAGAAGCUACUCUACGAGACAAACAGCAACACUUCAAGGAAGAGAGUAACUGAAGAAGCUAAGAUCAACAACCCAAGCAAGAACCUGAAAACCUCUGCAGGGAAGUGUGGAGAGGCAAAUGACUGUUUCCCAAUCAGACGAUCCGCUGAUCAAUCUAAUGACAAGAAAUUUAGCAAAAAGCUGCGUACCUCUGCAGUACAAGCUACUGACACCAGCCAGAACACUUCCGGACUGAAACUUCCUACCUCUGUUGGCCUGGCUAUGGAACAAAGUACCAGCACUGCAUUCUUGGAGGCCACAAAAGUGUAUAAAGAGUUUGAGGAGAAGGUUAAAAGAACUGUAUACCUUGACAACUUGUCUCACCUAGCUACAGAUGCAGUCAUCACAACGGCUUUGAACCAGUUUGGUAAUGUAAAAAAUGUCAGUUUUCUGACCAACUAUACAGUUCCAUUUGAUAUUCCCCAAUCUGCAUUAAUAGAAAUGGAAACUGAGAAGGAUGCUGAGUCCGUGGUCAACAUACUAGAUGAGUUCCCAUUCAUGCUGUUUGGGAUGCCAAGGCCUGUGAGGGCGAAGCAUGCCACAGCUGAAAUGUUCAAUGAUCGUCCAUGGAAACCUGGAAGAAAGAUAGAAUUCCGUUGGGUGGGCCCUACAGACCCUGAUUGUCAAAAUGUCAGAAAGUUUAAGUUGAUGUCCAAGAGGCAUGAGUUGGAGAACUUAGCACUAAUCAAGAAUGAACUGCAUCAGGAGGCACUGCUCGCAAAGCAUCAGCAGGAAAAUCUGAAUUGUCAUUACAUGAAGCUUGAGACUGUAGACAGCGUGAUUACGAAUGGCUGGAUCAAUCGCCUGGCUCACAUUUACAACUUCGGUUUCGAUGAAAUGUAUUGAGUGUCAGGUGUACAUGGCCCUGUUUUGACCUUGGAACAUGUCUGUUGGUGGAAUUGAGCUGGGAGGAAUAUGAUGUUAGGAUCGGAUUAAAGUCUGUUUUAAUGUCUUUUAGGCUGUUGGCAUCGAAGUAUUGGUGUUACAUAGUUUUAUUACAUAUCCUAGUUUGGACCACAUGUAGUAGGUUUAGCUCCCUGGUUUUUGGCAUUGAACAAUCAGCUGAUGGUGCUGUAUGGAUGGAAUUUGGAUCACUGUACCACACAUUUAGCAAAGGAGAACUUUGGGUGCUGAAAUUACUGAAUAUUGCUAUA